AUGCCGUUGGCGACAUCUAUGCAUUUCGCCCGCCUCGCCGGGUACGAGAAUUGCCCACUGAAAAAACGUCCGUAUCGCCUGAUAUGUGAUACGUUUCCUGAAGAUGUUGACGAACCACAGAAUUUGUCACUCAAGAAAGAAUACCGUUCCGACGAAGACGAAACGUGUUCCGUGCGAGAAUACCGGGACUCGGACGAGGAGAACAAGGACGUGUUCCCCGCGGAUUUGCGGCUCAAGACCAACAACAAUAAGGAAUUCACCGGCAGUCAUCGGUCGAAUCAUCUUCCUUUCGGCCGCCACUUGAACGCCACGGCGACUGCUGCAGCAGUGGCGGCGCCAGUCGACUUCUCCAAGCCGAAAAUCGCGUGUCCGGUCCCCGUGCCAAUGCCGCCCUUUGCCCCCGAGUUCCUGGACCGCAUUUCCCUCCUGCGCCACCCGACCUUCGACAUGUACACUCAGUUGUAUCAUAAUCCGGCUGCGGAAAGAGUGGCAGGCAGCGUCAUCUACCCGGAGCGGAAUUACGAUAUGCACAGAGGUGGCGUCCAUGCUGUCAAUAAGCUCGAACGCUCAGCACCACCGACCUACGACGGGUUCCACGUGGCGGCCGCCGCCACCAACGGCGGCUGUUACGCAGAAAGCUGCUCACCCCCUGACUUCGUAUCCCCGGGACGCCCCGAGUCCGCCUUCACCCCGUUCUCCCCUGCCAGCGGCGCCACCAGUUGCGAAUCCUCCGACGAGUCCACCAAGUCCAAGCGGUUCACCUGCGACAUCUGUGCCAAGUCCUACUCAACGCUCAACGGUCUCGCGAAGCACAAAUCCCUGCAUUGCGACCCUGCCUCCUUUUCCCCGUCGCCCAUCACCACUACCAUCGAUCCCUCGACGCAGGCCAAGAACUUUUCCUGCAAGUUCUGCGAGAAGGCGUACGUGAGCCUCGGGGCACUCAAGAUGCACAUCCGGACGCACACGCUGCCGUGCAAGUGCGACCUCUGUGGGAAAGCCUUUUCCCGACCCUGGUUGUUGCAGGGCCACUUGAGAACGCAUACGGGCGAGAAGCCGUUUUCUUGCUCUCAAUGCGGUCGGGCAUUCGCAGACCGGUCGAAUCUAAGAGCGCAUCUCCAAACCCACGAAGAAGUGAAAAAGUACUCUUGCUCUUCCUGCGGGAAAACGUUUUCCAGGAUGUCGCUGCUCAACAAGCACACGGCUGGUGGUUGCCAACCGUGA